UCGGCGGCCGCUGGACGGCGGCCGGCGGCACGGCGCGGAGCUCUUGACGAGGGUACUCCUCUGGUGGGACGGGCGCCAGCGAGCAGCAGCGUCGCACCAGAAUCUCACAACAGGUCGGUGGGAUGGCGUUAGCGGGGUGACUGCCGGCGACCCGUGGCUCCCGCUGCUGAGCGCACCGCCUCACCGCCCCACCCCACCGGCGGCGCCGUGCUGGGCGAAUGGCAGCGAUGAACGCUUGCACCAUCAGCAAGCAAGCCCUGCUGGGCUGGCCCGAGGACGGCUACAGCUUGUGUCCGGGCCACACGCCUGUGACGGUGAUCGUCCUCACCGCCCUGUACUGCUUCACCUUCCUGGCCAGCGUGCUCGCCAACGGCUUCCUCAUCUUUGCGCUGUCGCAAACGUCCAAGAGUCUGCAGUGCCGUAACUACAUUGUGGUGUCGCAGUGCGCCAGUGACAUGCUGGUGACGCUGCUCUGCAUGCCGGACACGGUGGCGUCGCGGCUGUCGGCCAGCUGGCAGCUGGGUGAGGCCUGGUGCCGGGCCAGCCCGCUGCUGCACGUGCUGGCCGUGGCUGCCAGCACCUACUCGCUGAUGAUGCUCUCGCUGGACCGCUGCCUGGCCAUGAAGAGCCCCAAAAUGUUCAACCAGGGCGAGCGGCGUCGCCUGGCGCCGCGCUGUCGGCCGCCGUUGCUGCGCUCCACCAGCAGCUACUCGCUGAAGACGCGCCAGCAGCUGGCCAACACGCUGGUCGUGCUGGUGGUGGUGUUCGCCGCCUGCUGGCUGCCAUUUACGCUGGCCGGGCUGGCGCACCUGGUUUACGCCAGCCGGCCGACGGCGCUGCUGCUGCCGUUCGCGCUGCUGCUCGGCCACGCCCACUCGGCCGUCAAUCCGGUGGUGUACUCCCUGGUUCAUCGCGCCUCGCUGACGCAGGUGCAGCGCAGUCUGCGCGUGCCGCGGCUCCCCGUCAGCUCCACCAACCUCGGAAACCUGGGACCCUUCCACCCCAAGUACCUGCCGGCGCGCAACCUGCUCAACCCCAACCCCGUGGUCGAGGAGCGGCGCACCAGUCAGUUCUUUCACUGA